AAAUAGGGCCGUGGAACCAGGGGUAAGGCAUAGGCCUGGUCCGUGCCUCUGCCCCCAGCCCCUCUCGGCUGUAGUUUCCCCCUUUAGAGAAGAGGCUCCUCUAGCUCUGUGGGAUGCAACCAGGGACAGAGUGAAGAGAGACCGGAAUUAGGUCAGUGACCUGGAUAGGGCGUGGCUGGCCCUGGGAAGAUAACUAUUACGGUGUCCAAUUGAGCCCUGGAACCAGGCGCAGGCCCUUGCAGCCCACUCCAUUUCAUUCGUUCGUUCCGCAAGCAUGGCAGCCACCCACAGUCUCAGGCACGGAGCAAGGGGCUGGAUUUGCCUGGUGUGGGAGGAUAAAUAAAACACCACAGAAAGCUGAAACACAAAGCAAGACUUGGCAACUGUGCUGCUAAGAGACCUUCCCUGAGCUCCUUCCAUCUUCCCAACCCCAGCAUGGUACCUGGCCAAGCUGUCCUCAGUGGGGAGCAUCUCGGAGGAGGAGACGUGCGAAAAGCUCAAGGGCCUGAUCCAGAGGCAGGUACAGAUGUGCAAGAGGAACCUGGAGGUGAUGGACUCAGUGCGCCGCGGCGCUCAGCUGGCCAUCGAGGAGUGCCAGUACCAGUUUCGGAACCGGCGCUGGAACUGCUCCACACUCGAUUCCCUGCCUGUCUUUGGCAAGGUGGUGACGCAAGGGACUCGGGAGGCGGCCUUUGUGUAUGCCAUCUCUUCAGCAGGUGUGGCCUUUGCAGUAACACGGGCGUGUAGCAGUGGGGAGCUGGAAAAGUGUGGCUGUGACCGGACGGUACAUGGGGUCAGCCCUCAGGGCUUCCAGUGGUCAGGAUGCUCGGACAACAUUGCCUAUGGUGUAGCCUUCUCACAGUCGUUUGUGGAUGUGCGGGAAAGAAGCAAGGGGGCCUCAUCCAGCCGGGCCCUCAUGAACCUCCACAACAACGAGGCUGGAAGGAAGGCCAUCCUGUCCCACAUGCGGGUGGAGUGCAAGUGCCACGGGGUAUCAGGCUCCUGUGAGGUAAAGACGUGCUGGCGAGCUGUGCCGCCCUUCCGCCAGGUGGGCCACGCACUGAAGGAGAAAUUCGACGGUGCCACUGAGGUGGAGCCACGCCGUGUGGGCUCUUCCAGGGCACUGGUACCACGCAAUGCGCAGUUCAAGCCGCAUACGGACGAGGACUUGGUGUACUUGGAGCCCAGCCCAGAUUUCUGUGAGCAGGACAUACGCAGCGGUGUGCUGGGCACCAGGGGCCGCACAUGCAACAAGACAUCCAAGGCCAUUGAUGGCUGUGAGCUGCUGUGCUGUGGCCGCGGCUUCCACACGGCUCAGGUAGAGCUGGCUGAACGCUGCAGCUGCAAAUUCCACUGGUGCUGCUUCGUCAAGUGCCGGCAAUGCCAGCGGCUUGUAGAAUUGCACACGUGCCGGUGACUGCACACAGCCUGUGCCAACAACCAUCUAAGUGGCCCAGGGAAGGCCAGUAAUUUAAAGUCUCCCACCACCUAUCCCCCCAGAGAUACUGGUUGUAUUUUUUGUUUUGGUUUGGUUUUUGGGUCCUCAUGUUAUUUAUUGCCAAAACCAGGCAGGCAACCCCAAGGGCACUAACUGGGGCUUCCCUAAAGCCUGAGCCUUUCUGGCUGCCACUGACCAAAGGGCCUUUGCUUAUGCCUCUGGCUGUUCACAGAUGAUCAUAGCUGACCACUCAUUUGUUAUCUGUGUCCAUUUUUCUACUUUCAGAUGUAAUGUGGGUAAUGAGGAACGUUAACAGCCACAGGGCUACUGAUGCUGCCAUCUAGGGACACAAGUAACGUUAUGGCAGGGAAAGUAAGUACAAUCUUGAUGGAAAUCACACUGCCUGGAAAAAAGAGCUCACACUCUUCACCCCACACAUACACAGGGUCCCAACGUGAACCUGUAGCCUUGUCUCCCACUCCUGGAAAGAGAAUGGGCAGUUUCCAGGGCAAAGGUGAAGGGUUCAUUUCUGUCCUCACAUGGGCAGGUGGAUAUUCAACCUCUGUGAGGCCUUCCAAGCAGGAAGUGCAGGUGAAGUUCAGACAAAAGAAGGCUACACUACAGUCCUGCCCUGGAGCCCAGCCGGCUCCAGCUUGACCCCUCUGGAGGGGAAACUCCCCACCCCCUAGGCCCUCCUGGGCAGGUUUAGGCUGCCAUCCUGGAUCAGACCUGCCCUGGGCCUUUGCAGUCAUGUCCCUGUGUGCAUCAUCCCCAUAGGGCUGUCCUCACUGAAAGUGAAAAUGGAAAUCUCAAGAUCUUACACAUACCACAGGACAGGGCCAUGCAGUGAAAGUCUUCACCAUCUCACUAAAACAAUUUAUCCACAAAUACUGAGUCCCAGGCCCUGCACUAAGGCAUUUGCUGGCCUCUCUGCCACUCCUUCUUGGCUCCUGUAUCCAAAAGCACGGACACUGCAGGUCUCCUUGGGUCUUAUCUGUGGGAAUAGAGUUCUGGCUGGAAGAAAAAGGACAAGGAAGAAGCAGGAGCCAGAGACCACAGGCUGGGCUGGAACCCAUGUGGUGGCUGAGGAAGAGCAGGCUCUGAGGCAGAGCUGAACAGCUAGAAGGCUGACUAGUAAGGUCUCAGCAGCUGAGAUACUACAUCCCACGGCCUCCAGGUACCGCAAGUAUUGCAAAAGAUUCCCUGAGACACUAGCAGCCAAGACCUGAUCCUGUGCAGCAGCCAAAACAGGUACCCAGCAGACUUCCCUGAACAAGACACACAAAAACUCAACUGCUUCUCUGCCGGGCUCCCAACCACCAGAGCACUGUCAGCUUGGUCUCUAAGCUACAGGUCUGAGGGCUUGAGCUCUGGGGGAGUCCCCAUUUGGUCUAACCUCUUGUAUCCUGGUUCACCGUCUCAAUACAAAUUCCCAGAUUUGGCACAGGGGCUCAGGCCUACAGAAACUCUCCUCCAGGCUCUGUGGUUUAUGCCUCUGGUGUUGGCUCUGUCAUGAAGAGGGUCAACACCCUUGGCCCCCAGCCACGCUCUCUGCUCAAUGUCCAUCCAAGGAGGAGGCCAAAACCAAGUGAGAUGCUGCAGCCACAUUCAAAUGUGGGGAUAAUCUUGGCACAGGCUGGCUCUGAUGUGGAUGAAAGCUGAGCUGACCAAGGGUUCCCACAGCUGCCCAGCUGGGCCUAUUACUCCUCUGGUGGACUUGGUACAGCUGCCUGCUCCAUGCCAGGGAAAACACUAUCCCUCACUGACAGAGCCAGACACAGACAAGUGACCACUAGAGACCACCCCCUCCACAGGCACAGUUGAGCCACUCUCCCCUACCCAGAGAAGCAGUCCAAGCUGCUUGGUGGUUUGAUGGGCACUGCCCUAGGAAAUAGGGAGAAGGUAUGUGCCUGAUCAUAGGCUUCACAGUCCCACCUGCCAGGGAGUGCCUCAAAGCAGAUCAGUCCUCCUGGGGUUCUGAAGGUUGGGGGUCUAGGUCAAUCAAACCACAUUCUAGGAACCAAUACUGAGGCCUAUGGGUAUAGCCAGUACUGCCAAGGCCAAUGGAAUCCACAGCCACAGAAAAAAGCUACAUGCUCAGCUGCAAACUAUCUUAAAUUAAAAAAAUAAUAGUAACUGGCCAAAGUAUGGCAUACCCUGUCCUCUCUUGCCUGCACACAGGUCUGGAAACUGGCCAGAACUGUUCCCCACUAUUCCUGUCCCAAGGCAAAAGUGAGGUCCUCUGAGGCCUAGGGCUGGAUAAACCCUAACUCUGGAUGCUGCUACCCAUUCUGCUACCCUAUCCCAUCCUCCAACUUUUAUACUAGGCUUCUUGCCAUUGUGACAUCCCUAUGACAUAGUCUGAUGCACGAUAAAAUGAUUAUUUCUUUAUCUGGCAA